AUGCCAAACACCUCUUCUAGUUCUUCUGUGUCUACUUCUUCUCCUCCUAUUAUGAAAGAAGAACCUAUAAGCGCUAGUCCCUCCGUUUCUUAUCCCACACCGGCUAUCGUCAAAGAAGCAGAAGACACUGCUACUACUACGACUAGCACUCUUGAUGACAAUGAUAUGAUUAAUACUGCCGGUCCUUCGACCAUCAGAAACAAACCAGGGCGUCCCAAAGGCUCCAGAUCGAAACGCGAGAUGUUCCUCGAGAAGAAGUUGCUUCUCUGA